AAAAAAAAAAGCUGACCCAAAGAUCCGACACCAUCUGUACGCUACAUCACCUCAAACGAGUUUUCUUUCCCAACUUGGGAGUCAGGAUGGCGUUCUUUUUGCUCCUCAUUAUAACUGCUGUAAGAAGUGAGUCAGUGGCACCGAGACCCGGGACCCUUUAUACCAACCACUGGGCAGUGCGGAUCCCAGGGGGCUGGGGACAGGCGGACAGGAUCGCUGCUAAAUAUGGAUACAUCAACUUCGGACAAAUAGGAAGUCUGGAGGACCAUUACCAUUUCCACCACAGCAGAGUGGUUCGCAGAGCGGCAUACUCUUUGAAGGGCCCCCACAGCUUCAUCCAUAUGGAUCCUGAGGUGGCCUGGGCUGAGCAGCAGGUAGUAAAACCAAGAGUAAAGAGGUAUGUCCAAAGUGACCCAAGCUUCAUUAAUUUCAAUGACCCUAAAUGGUCCAACAUGUGGUACAUUCACUGCAAUGAUAAGAGCAGCCAUUGUCGCUCAGAGAUGAACAUUCUGCAAGCCUGGCAGAGGGGUUACACCGGCAAGAACGUGGUGGUCACCAUAUUGGAUGACGGCAUUGAGAGGAACCACCCUGAUCUGGCUCAGAACUAUGACCAUCUAGCAAGUUAUGAUGUCAAUGGAAAUGACCAUGACCCUACACCACGUUAUGACUACCGCAAUGAAAACAUACAUGGAACUCGGUGUGCAGGUCAAGUUGCAGCAGUGGCCAAUAACUCCCAUUGUGCCGUUGGGAUUGCCUAUAAUGCUCGCAUUGGAGGGAUUCGAAUGCUGGAUGGCGAUGUGACUGAUUUGGUAGAGGCCAUGUCGGUGGGAAUCCGACCGGACUACAUUGACAUCUACAGUGCCAGCUGGGGCCCAAAAGACGAUGGCAAGACGGUGGAUGGCCCAGGGCUGCUAACUAAACAGGCUUUUGAAAAAGGCAUCAACAAGGGCCGCAAAGGCUUGGGGUCCAUUUUUGUCUGGGCGUCAGGUAACGGUGGUCGCCAGGGUGAUCACUGCUCAUGUGACGGUUACACAAGCAGUAUCUACACCAUCUCCAUCUCCAGCACCACAGAGAACGGUAACAAGCCCUGGUACCUGGAGGUGUGCAGCUCCAUCAUAGCCACAACUUACAGCAGUGGAGAGUUUAACGAGAGGAAGAUUGUAACUACUGACCUGCGGCACCGCUGCACUGAUGGUCAUACUGGAACUUCUGUCUCCGCUCCCAUUGUGGCCGGAAUCAUAGCUCUCGCUCUGGAGGCCAACCUUUUACUGACAUGGAGGGAUGUGCAACAUCUUCUGGUGAAGACAUCCAGACCGGUCCACCUGAAAGCUGAUGACUGGAAAACCAAUGCUGCAGGAUUCAGAGUCAGCCAUUUGUUUGGCUUUGGCCUGGUGGAUGCGGAGGCCAUGGUGCUGGAGGCCAUGAAGUGGAGGACUGUUCCGUCUCAGCAUACCUGCAGUCAUACCCCCGAGCGACGCACCAGGCACAUCCAUGCUGGCCAACAUCUAAACUGCAGCAUUAGCACUUCCGGAUGCUCAGAAGAGCAUGAGCGGCACGUGGCUUACCUGGAGCACGUGGUGGUCAAGGUCCUGAUUGUCCACCCGCGGCGAGGAGACCUGGAGAUCAACCUGAUCUCUCCGUCUGGGACCAGGUCACAACUACUGGCCAACAGGUUGUUUGACAGUUCCAAAGAGGGCUUCAGGAACUGGGAGUUCAUGACAGUUCAUUUCUGGGGUGAGAGGGCAGAGGGCACAUGGACUCUGGAGAUUGUUGACUCACCAUCAAAGCUUCGCAACCCCGAGGUGCUGGGAAACCUGAAAGAAUGGACACUGGUCCUUUAUGGCACAUCUCAGAACCCUUACCAGCCCAGCAGUACUCAGCACUCUGGUUCAAGGAUGGGGGCGAUCCCAACCACGGAGGAGAUCCUGGAGGAGCCCGAGCUGGAGGAGGAAGACGAGUACAAUGGGCCAUGCCACAGUGAGUGUGGAGACCAGGGCUGUGACGGACCAGAUAAGGACCACUGCCUCAACUGUGUCCACUUCAGCUCAGGCAGCUUGAAAAGUGGCAGAACCUGUGUGAGCCACUGUCCACUGGGACACUACGAGGACACGGCGUCCCGUCGCUGUAGACGCUGCUACAAAGGCUGUGAGAGAUGUGUAGCCCGCUCAGCUGGUGAUUGUCUCUCCUGUCGAAGAGGCCUGUUUCUCAAUACACUCAACUCCAGCUGCAUUGAUACCUGUCCCCCAGGUCACUUUGCUGAUGAAAAUCAGAGACAGUGUCUGAAGUGCCACAACACGUGUAUGAGAUGCCUGAGGUAUGCAGACAGAUGCACUGCCUGCAGCGAAGGCUACAGUCUGGCAGGGAUGACUUGUGUCCCUGAAUGCACCAAUGGGACCUUUUUCCAUUUGGAAGAGAUGACCUGCAGCCCAUGCCAUUCCUCUUGUAAGACGUGUACAGGACCAGGUAAGGAGGAGUGUAUCCAGUGUGCCGAGGGCUACCUGCAGCAGGAGUGGAGGUGUGUGGAAGCCUGUACUCAUGGCUACUACUCUGGAGAGGCCGCAGGAGUCCCUCAUCAGAUGUGUCACAGGUGUGAGGAAAACUGCCUGAGCUGCAGUGGAGCCGGACCAACAUGCACCAAAUGCAAAGAGGGUUUUAGUCUGGUCAGCAGGACUUGUAUUGUUAAUGCAUCCUGUAAUAACGCUGACGAGGUGUUCUGUGAGAUGGUCAAGUCCAACCGUCUCUGUGAGAAGAAGCUCUACCGUCAGUUCUGCUGCCGGACCUGUCUGAUGAACGGAUGAGGAGCCAAACACCACCCACACCUCCUUCUCUCUCACUCUCAAUCUGUCUGAAGAAAACACAACAAGUGGAGUGUUACGAGUUUGUCAAACCUACUGUACGUCUGUUACAAACAUUCACAAAGAACUAAAGUUACUCCUCAUUUCUGAAGGGUAUUCAACUUUUAUUCAAAUGGUGGAUGUCUCCCUUUGGAACAAUCUUCUGUUGUAUUUUUGCAGGUGUGAUUUCCAUAAAGCAUUUUUUAAAAGGCAGUAUGUGGAAUGUGUAUAAAUAUACUGUACUAAACAUGAAUGGUAUUAAACAUGUACAAAACU